CUUUUCUUUUUAUUAUGAAACUUUUAUUCUAUUUUAUUUUUUUAAAUCGCAAUUAUAUAGCAACUGUUUUCAGAUUAACAUAAAUCGUAAAUGCAAAAUUGAUCAUCCACUUUCAAAGACGUUUGAAGUGUGACGAUUCGAGGAAAUUUUCCAAGAAAUGAAUUUCAUCAAGAUAAAAAGUAAUCUCCUCCGGCCGCGAUUUCCCAGAUCUGAUUGCGACUUGGUAGCUUCCGCUCGCGCAAUUAAAAAAAAGUGAAUGAAAGCGAAACUUCGCUUCGCGCGUGCACGCACGCAUACGACAUGCGCUCAAGAUGCCUUCGUGCUUCCCUUUAUAGCUAGAGACAAAUAUACACCUUGGCGUAGGUCCAAUCGCCCGUAUAUACCCGCACACAGUCUACGGGAAAAACGGACAAACCCCCGUAAUAGCGGAGCUGUGUCAGUGCUAUUAGUGACGUCGCGCGCGGCGUAGGAAUCUCGAACGUGGACGCGUGUAAAAAAAAAGGAGGAGAAAGAAGAAAAAAAGGAAGAAAUGAGCGAGUUCUGCGUAUAGGAGCGAGUCGUCUCUCGGGAAAGGGGGCGAGAUCGCGAGAAACUACCCCCCCUGUACGAUGCGCCUACUGUCCGAUUACGUGAUUACGAUGCGAUUACCGUGCUCAUUCGGGAAGAUGGAAGAAACGACGAGCGCCGCGACGACGAACGCCCGUUUCUGACCGAGCGACCGACAACAGAUCUAGGAUAAAUUUAAUUAACACAUCCGCCCGCUGCAUUUGGGCUGAUAUCGAGUGCCGAUCGAGUGAGUAGCGUGCCGUACAAAUACCGCCGCAACGAAUUGCGAUGCACUCCAUGUAUUCGUCCAAGAAAGGCGACCCUCUUUGCCCUUUGGGCUUCCAUCCGCAGGUUCGAUGGCCAACACGUUGCAAACGAUGUUUCAGGGAUUACAAAGAACAUGGCGGAAGAAGAAACAGCCUCGGAGACGUCACGUCUUCAUCUCCAAGUCUUGCCUCGGAUUCACGCGGUUCGGAUAGCAAAAGGACAUGGUCUUCCGCUACGAAUCUGGCGAAAGACGAAACCAAGAAUAAUCAUUCGCAUCCGGCGACGACGGCUGGAUGGACAUCCCUGAUGGAUCUCUCCGCCAUAGAUAAGAAUCCAGAGGACGCUACCAAAUUAGAAAACGUUAGGAAACCGGCGAAGCUUCAAAUAAAAAAUGUGAUAAGCAACACCAACGGCGGCACUUCGGAAAACGACGUGGAGUUUAUAAUUCAGGUAAGGAAAUCACGAGCAGCACCGUCAAAACAGGUGGUUCAGGACGGGUUGGAUAGUGUCACGGUAAAGGGACAGGACACCGAGAAGAGUGAAAUAGAAAAAUUGAGAUCUCAGUUAAACGAUAUGAAAGCGAGAUGCGAGAAAGCGGAGAAGGAAAAAAGCGAGAUAUUGCUGCGUCGAUUGACGACGAUGGAGACAAUGUCGAACAAAUCAUCGACGGGAGAAGUGGCGAAGCUGCAGAAGAAAAAUGAAGCACUUGUGCAAGAGAAAAAUGUACUGCUGGCGAAGAUAAAAAGCUUGGAGAGAGAAGCGAUCGGCAAACCGUACAGAGGUGAAAGGGAUAAAGCGCACGACGAAUUACGUUCGAAACUGAAAGCCGCGGAAAAUCUCUGCGAGAGUUUAAUGGACGAAAACGAGGAUAUGAAAAAGGAAAUUAGACAAUUGGAAGAAGAGAUUUAUGAGCUGCAGGAUAAUUUUAGGGACGAACAGGCAGACGAGUAUACUCGUUUACGAAAAAGUUUGGAGCAGUCGAACAAAAAUUGUCGAAUAUUGUCGUUCAAAUUGCGAAAAGUAGAGCGCAAGGCCGAAGAAUUAGAGAACGAACGAUCCGCUUUGGAAAAGAAAUAUGAAGAGGUGAAGAAAACAGAAGAGAUUCUGCAGAAACUAAGCGGCGCAUUCCAAGACAGAACACAGAAGAAGCCAACGGAAUCCACAACAAAGUUGCAACUUAAAAAAAUGGUUGACGAAAUGGAGAAGGAAAUAGAGGAUAUGCUGAGUAUUUUUAUCAACAUUAAAAAUGGACACAACGUAGAUAUAUCGAAUAUAAAACUGAAAGAGAAUAAUAAUUUGAAGUAUGACAAACUUUUAAAGGAACAUGAAUUGCUUAAAGAGAAAUUGGAAUGUGCUAUGAAGGAACUGGCGAGCGAAAGAGAGAAGAAGAAGGUUCAACCAACUGUAAAAGUAGAAGAUACCAAAAAUACGGAUUUGCAAAAUGUGAAGAAAAAGUUAGACGAAGCAGUUACUUUACGAGAAGCUGAAAGAAAAGCCUGGGAUAAAGAGAAACUGGCGCUUUCGGAAGAAAAAGAAAAAUUGAAAUCUAAACUUUUAUCAUUAUCGUCCGAGAAAUUAAAAAUUUAUAACGAGGUUGUACAACUAAAGAAAGAUCUCGAAACAGCUCAAUCGUCGGAAAAAAAUGCGGCAAAGAUGGAAGCAACAAUAAAUGAAAUAAAAGAAAAACUCUCACAGGAACAAGAAAAAUGUAAAAGAUUACAGGACGAUUUGUCAUCAUACACAGAAAGAGAAUCGAAAAUGUCGCAAUCAAUAACAUCUAUUGAGCAGAUGAAAGCCAAGCUCGACGCUGAGGUAAAACGUUUGAAGAAGGAAUUAGAAAAUACAAAGUCCACCAUGUCAACAAAGAUCACCGAUCUAACUGCAGAACUUGCCGAGCUUAAACGAGAGAAAGAAAAAUUAACGGCGCAACUUAACAGUGAAAACGAGGCACACGAAGCUGAAAUAGCGACACUCAAGAAAAAAAUAACUUCCUUAGAAAAAGAUGGGCUAAAUACAAAACGCAUAAACGAAAUAAAAGAGACUUACAAUGAAAAAAUAUUAAAUCUUGAGAACGACAUUAAGAAACAUCAGCGGGAACAAGAGACUCUUACUAAAAAAUAUCAAGAGCUUACAAACUCAAAGCUGCAACUUGAAAAGAAGAAUGAAUCUUUGAAUAGCAAGUGCUCUGAGCACAAGAAGGACUUGAAAAAUAUGCAAACCGAACUUGAAGAGUUACGUAACUCGAUGAGAAUAAAAGAGAACGAGUGGCGAUUAGAAAAAUCUGCUCUUGAGGGCCAAAUUCGUGACAGCCAGUUACCAAACAAAGUUAUCGUGGAAGAAUUAAAUGACGAAAUUAAUACAAUGAAGAAAGAAAAUGCCACUUUAUUGGAACGAUUGGAAGACACGAGAAAAGUGAAUGAUGACUUGUCUGCAAAACUAAAAGACUAUCAAGCAGUUUCCAAAAUUCAUCAAGCGUUGACACCCGACACCACGGCAUUAGAGUCGGAAAUUCGAAAAUUAAAGAAUGCUCUGACAAAUAUGGAAAAGGCUAAAAAGGCGGAUCUCGCGCAGUGUAAAAUGCGCUACGAGCAUAGAAUUACGGCGAUCAACGACGAGAUACAGGCAAUUCAGAAUCAAUUAUCGCGAUACAAACGCGAACGCGACACUUAUAAGCAUAUGCUGGAAGGCGCACAAAAAACUAUAAGUGAGCUAAAGUCCACGAGACAAGGUAGACUCUCUAAUACAUCUUCUGGAAAAUCGGACGAGGACGAAGAAACAUUGAAAGCCAACGUAUUAACGCUAGAAAAACAAAUUAGCAGUAUGGAAGACGAACUUUCUGAGACAAAGUUAGAAGCGUCCAGAUUGAAGGCUGAAUUAGUUUCGGAAAAAUCAGCUGGUCAUGUUAAAGUCUCUGAAUUGCAAUCCCGAAUCAACGAGUUGGAGGAAGAGCGAUUGCUCACUAGCGGACGUUCGAAGAUUCCAGGAUUGAAAGUACGCAUGGAGCUUGCUUGGCAAAAAGAGAGAGAAGAGCAUCAAAGAUUAUUGCAAGAAACAGCAACGUUAGCGCGAGAUUUGCGACAGACAUUGUUCGAGAUAGAAAGAGAACGCAGCAAAGAGCGGCUUGAAAAUAAAAGGAGACAAGAUCAGUUGAAGAAAAUCUUCGACGAAGAAAAGGAAGAAAACAGGAAGAAAUUAUCGGAAUUACAAUGCGACCUACUCGAGCUGCGAGAUGCGCACGCGAAAUUGAGGACGAGCAACGAGAAGAUGAGACGCGAGAAAGAGCGACACGAGAAGGAGAGGCAGGAACUCAAAGAAGUUAUACUAAAUAAAUGUAAACUGGAGCAAACUGAAUUGCGGAACAUUAACAUUCUUAUGCAACAAGUGCAGGAUUUGUUACAGUUGUUCCCUGAAUUAAAUACCGUAACCGAGAACGGCACGCCCGAUAUAUACACGCCAACUCCACCUAGACGAUUGAAGGGACCAAAAUCAAGAGAAUCGUCGCCGAUGCUGGAAACAAAGGACGACGUGAAAGCAACCCCGAUACUCGGUGAGAGAACAGAGAAGUUAGAGUAUACUAUUAAAAAAUUAAUGGAUGUGGCGAGGGAACUUAAAGAAUCGAAGAAAACGGCAGAUGAAGCGAAUGCAACACGCUUGAAGAAAUUGGGGAAGAGAGCGACGUCAGUGGAAAGCGAUCCAGGAAAAGGAGUGAUGUUGAAUCGUAGUAAACCACGUUUGAAGAGAAAGAGUCUUUCUUUGGAACAAACAUCUGGGCGUCAAGAGUCUCCAGCCAUUUGGACAGAUAGUAAUCUGUCGAGUAUGCAAUCCUUGGAGGGAUCGGAAGUCGAGUCUCGUGGAACUAGUCGACACAGAGAUUCCAGUGUAGAUAGCCGCCUUUCCGGAGGAUCGACAAAAAGCGAAAUGUUAGAUCGAGACAAGAAAUAUGGCAAGGGGAUAAUACGAAAAUUAACACAUAAAUUAACUAAAUCAUCGAGCGUCGAUGACCCGAACAUGACUGACUACUCGCUUCAGACAUCUGGUUCUGAAACCAGCCUCAAUGAAAGCAGUAAACUGGAAAAGAAGAAUUUAAGGAAGAAAUUAUCAGCCAUGUUCAAAAGAGGUUCAAAAGGCAGCAGCAUAGAGAAGAAAUCUGGAUCCGGCAAUUCCAGCAGACCUGCUUCGAGGAACUCCAUGAUGUCGAAUUAAUAAUCCCACAUGUUCGAAACUUAUUAAGAGACUUGAGGACAAGACAUCAUGAUUAUCAUUUCCGAAAAAAAAAAAA